AUGUUUGUUAAACUCAAAGAUAAGAUGAGAAAUGUGAAACCUCAAAGAUUGAAAUCGAAAGGAUUCUCAUUGGACUUUGAAUUUGUGUCAUCACUUAAUACAACACCAUUCUCAACAGUGUCCCAUUCAAAAACAAGUAGAAGUUUCAGUUUUCCAAUUGAUAUUAAAAUCUCCUAUCAUCAUGAAUGUAUUCUUGUCAACGAUGGAGAUCAACAAUUGAUUCAUGUUUUUGAUUUAAACACAAAAAAUUUUAAAGCUUCAAUACCUUCUCCUGUGGAUUCACUGUGGUACAUGUGUGUUGAAGAAAAUUUUGAUGGACCUCACACACGACGAGAUGCUUUGAUUGUAGCAAGUGACAACGGAGUGGCAAAGUAUGAAUUAGGAAAGUUAUUGAAUGAAAAACGACAAGAUGAUGGAAUGAAUGAUUUUAUGUGGAAAUUUCAAGACUGUAAGACGUACGGAUGCCUCACAGUAUUGUAUUCACACUCUUUGAAUGAACCUAAUCAUGUCUAUGUUUGUGACCAAAGACAACAUUCCAUUUUGGUGCUUAAUGCCAAGACUGGAUUGUUUCAUCAGAGAAUUGAAUUAAGUGAAAAGAACUUGAAAUUAUCAGGAAUUGACUUUUCUCCUCACGGUGAUAUGAUUCUUUCCGAAACGCAUCCAUCACAUCGAAUUCACAUGUUGAGAAAGAAUGAUAAGGGACAAUGGCACACCAUUAAGACAUUUGGAAAGAGAGGACAUAAUUUUGGAGAAUUUCAUUUCCCUUAUUGUGUCCUUGUAGACAAGGUUUCUCAACAUCUCAUUGUGUGCAAUUCUAGUAAUUGUAGAAUUUGUGUCUUUACCUUUGAAGGAGAACUUGUUAAAUCUUUUGGAAGCAGUGGACAGUCAAACAAACAAUUUUGUGACCCCAAUAGUAUGUGUCUGAAUGAAGAAAGUGGAGAGCUGUAUGUGUGUGACAGUGGAAAUAAGAGAGUUCAAAUCUUCCAAUGA